AUCACUUCUUCUCCUACCAAUUACCCCUUUUGAUAAACCACCACCACCACCACCCACAUCCUCUGAAACCCUAGCCCACCACCAAUCCAAUCGCCGCCUACUCUUCCAACUACGAGAUUUGAUGAAACCGGAUCGGGUCUACCUCUAGAUCCGUUCUAGGUUUUUUUUCUCUAGAUUCUCCCACCCACCAUGUCUCUGUUUCUAAAAGACGACUCGAUUCAAAUCCGCGAAGUCUGGAGCGAUAACCUCCAGGAGGAAAUGGAUCUGAUCCGCCAAGUCGUCGACGACUUCCCUUACGUCGCCAUGGACACCGAGUUCCCCGGAAUCGUCGUCCGCCCCGUCGGAACCUUCAAAUCAAACGCCGAUUACCACUACGAGACCUUAAAGCUCAACGUCAACAUCCUCAACAUCAUCCAGCUCGGCCUCACCUUCUCCAACGAGCAAGGCAACCUCCCCACCUGCGGCACCGACAGCAAAUACUGCAUCUGGCAGUUCAACUUCCGCGAGUUCGAUCUCGACUCCGACAUCUUCGCCGUCGACUCCAUCGACCUCCUCAAGCAAUCAGGGAUCGACUUCGCCAAGAACACUCGACAAGGGAUCGAGUCGAGUCGAUUCGCCGAGCUGCUGAUGUCCUCCGGGAUCGUGCUCAACGGUAACGUGCACUGGGUCACGUUCCACAGCGGGUACGAUUUCGGGUACUUGCUGAAGCUCCUCACGUGCAAGAACCUGCCUGAUUCGCAGACCAGCUUCUUCGAGCUGAUCAAUGUUUAUUUCCCGACGGUGUAUGAUAUUAAGCACCUGAUGAAGUUCUGCAACAGCCUCCACGGGGGGCUGAACAAGCUGGCUGAGUUGCUGGAGGUGGAGAGAGUUGGGAUCUGUCACCAGGCGGGGUCGGAUAGUUUGCUCACCUCUUGUACUUUCAGAAAGCUUAAGGAGAAUUUCUUCGUUGGUCCCUUGCAGAAAUAUGCUGGUGUUUUGUAUGGAUUAGGUGUUGAAAAUGGUCAGGUUGCUCUCUAAUAUCAAA